ACCUCUUUGGCAAAGACUCUUUGCCAUUAAAUUCAAACUGAUGUUCAUAUGUUUAAUUUUAUCCUCUGGUUGUUGAUCACUUUUUACCUUAAUUAGUUGUAUUAAUUUAAGAAUAAUUAAUUGUCUGGUACAUUCUUUUAAUCCAAUUGGAGCCCAUGAUCAUAUCAAUUGACCAACAUUCUCAUUGAUAGUUAACAUAAUCUCAUCUGUUCAUCUCCACAAGGAAUUGUUUUUGUUUUUGUUUACUUUUGUUUUCCUUUCGCUUUCACUUUCUAUCUCUUAUUAUUAUUGGUUUAUUUUGUUGGAACCAAUUUUAUUAAUCAUUUUGUUUUGAUUUUUAGCUUCCAUUUGUUGAUAUUUACAUUGUGUUCUAAUUGUGGCAAAGGAAAACAUCAAGUUACAGUUGAUAAUCUUCAUCAAUGGUGAAAACCUUGUCGUUUAUAAUUGUUACCUUUUCUUUUGGAUAACCAAUAAGAUGAACUAUGGUUGAGAAAAGGCCAAUUAGAGGUGAUCUUUGGUGUAUUCCUCAAGCAUCUUCUCAACUUGUUGUCACCAUUUUAAUGCCCAAUGGUCUAGUAUUUGAGAUACCCUGUUCUCGAGAAGAUAAUUUGGAUAAAAUAAAGAGAAAUGUCUGGAAAGAAGCUGAAAGAGAAGUUCUCUUUCGACUUCUUAAUGAUAUUAAUUGUUACAUAUUCGUUGGUAUAACCCAAGGAGCAAAGGUGGAAGAAUUUUAUGAUGAGAAUCGUCGUCUUUGUGAUCUUCGCCUGUUCACUGCCAUUCUCAAGUUAACUGAACUCGAAGGUGAUAAAGAGGAGAGAAGAGCCAAUGCUGAACUUUCCAUGGCCAUUGGAAUAACCAUCUCGGAACUUGAUCGAUUCAAAAGUGGAGAACCUUUUCACUUUCGUAAUGAUAUAAUUGCUUUUUGUAAAAGUGUCGUCGAGAAAAGGGAAGAGAUGGAUCUUGAUGAUAAAUUAUAUUACAUUCAUCCCCCUGAACUUGAUGAAUCUUAUUUCCUAAAUAAGACAAAGGUCAAUCAGUCAAUGUUAACACUUUGUAUCUGGUCUGGAGGUGAUGAGGAGGGUAAACAAAAUUUCAAACUGGACGUGCCUCAUGAUUGUAAAACCUCAUCCGUUAUCAAUCAGAUAUUGGCCCAAAUCAACAGUUCCCGUUCCUGUGACCACGAGAAAACACAACCUUUAACUGGUAACAAUUUCGUUCUCAAAGUUUGUGGUGUUAAUGAAUAUUUCUUUGGUAAUCAUCCUUUAUAUAGAUACAAGUAUAUUAUCAACUGUCUUUCGCAAAAUAGAUGUCCAAAUUUAAUGUUAGUCGAUAAGAAUCAAGUCUCUCUGGAGAUUGAGAAUCAUCAAUUUCGCAUUCCAUCUUGUAGUAAACGUUCAUCGUCAUUCUCAAAGGUUGAUCCUGGUUCCAAAGAUAUACAUCGAGCUUUAGAAUCAGGCCAAUGUUUACUUUUAUGGAGGUUCGAAAAUUAUUUUAAAAUUAAAAUUCUUUGGGCAACUUAUGUUAAUGUAUCGGAGGUUGAAAAGAUUUUCGUUAAAUGUGGCCUUUACCAUGGAGCUGAGCUUCUUUGUCCACCUAAAGAGACUUCUAGAGUUGACCCUUGGAAUCCAAAAUGGGAUCAAGAGAUUGAAUUUGACAUUUGUUUAGCCGAUUUACCAAGAAGUGCAAGACUUUCCAUCUCAAUUUGUUCAGUUACAACUCGUACCAAGAAAACGGGUGAAACUUGUCCCCUUGCUUGGGGAAAUCUUUCCCUAUUUGAUUAUAAGGCCCGUUUACUUGCGGAAAGGAAGACCCUUCACCUUUGGCCCGCUCCAAAAGAUUUCACUGAGCUUCUUAAUCCUCUUGGUUAUUUAGGUUUAAAUACCAAUAAAGAUUCACCCGGUCUGGAAAUUGAAUUAACCUGGUAUUCAGCAUCAAUCGUUUAUCCACCAGAAGAUAUAACCGAAAGUCAUGCUCAUUUCUGUCGGACUCUGGAUUUUGCCGGAAAGGACAUGGGCUGUAAUGGAGUGGACAUAACUCGCUAUCAAAAGUAUAAACAAGCCGAUGAGAAAGAUUUCGAAUUACUGAAUGAAGUGAUUUCAAGAGAUCCAUUGUCUGAUAUGACUGUUCAAGAGAAAAAUUUAAUCUGGCGAAUGAGAGAUCAUUGUCUUAAAAUUCCCGAUUCACUGCCCAAAUUUCUUGACGCUGUUAAAUGGAAUUCACGUGAUGAGGUGUCCCAAUUGUAUAAAUUAUUGAAACAAUGGCCUCCGGUGAAAGCAGAUACUGCCCUGGAACUACUGGACUGUAAAUAUACCGAUAUAACGGUUCGUAAUGCUGCUGUUAAAUGGUUAGAUGAUAGUUUAUCCGAUGAAUUACUCUCACAAUAUUUACUUCAAUUGGUUCAAGUGAUCAAAUUUGAACCUUAUUUGGACAAUGGUCUUUCACGAAUGCUGCUUAAACGAGCCCUUCUCAACCGACGUAUUGGUCACUACUUUUUCUGGCAUUUAAAAGCUGAAAUGCACGAUCCUUCAGUUCAACUUCGAUUCUCUAUUCUAUUGGAAGCAUUUUGUCGUGGCCUUUGUUCAAAUUUCUUACAAUCGACCCUUAAACAAGUGGAAGCCCUCGAAAAGUUAACCAUUCUCACGGAAGCACUUAAAUUAAAGAAAGAUGAUAAUCGAGAGAGGAUUAAAUUUUUCUCCGAUCAAAUGAGAAAAGAAAAUUAUAUUGAGGCCUUAGAAAAUUUUCCAAGUCCAUUAAAUCACACAAUUACCUUAGGUAAAUUGCGUCUUGAUGAUUGUCGCAUCAUGGAUUCAGCUAAGAAACCUCUUUGGCUUGUAUGGUCUAAUCCCGAUCCUUAUGCGGACCUUUACGCCUCUCAUAGUGCCAUUAUCUUUAAAAGUGGAGAUGACCUUCGUCAGGACAUGUUAACCCUCCAAGUGAUCAGAAUUUUUGACCUAAUCUGGCGACGAGAAGGUUAUGACCUGAAAAUGUUACCAUACACUUGUUUAGCUACAGGUAAUCAAGUUGGUAUGAUUGAAGUUGUUCCUCGAGCUAAAACGGUAAUGAACAUCCAACGAACCGGUGGACGAAUGGCCGCUUUUCAAGUUGAUUCAACUCAAUUACAUAAAUGGAUUAGGGAAAAUAAUGUCGCUAAUUAUGAUCAAGCUGUUGAUACAUUUACUAAAUCAUGUGCAGGCUAUUGUGUGGCAACUUUUAUCCUCGGUAUUGGUGAUCGUAAUCCUGAUAAUAUAAUGAUCAAUGAAGAUGGUCAAAUCUUUCACAUUGACUUUGGUCAUUUUCUUGGUCAUUUUAAGAAAAAGUUUGGUAUCAAUAGAGAACGUGUUCCUUUUGUAUUAACCGAUGAUUUCUUAUGUGUAAUUUCAAAAGGCUCUGAGAAUCCAAAAAAGAGUAAAGAAUUUGAAAAGUUUACCGAGCUUUGUGGAUUAGCAUAUUUAUCCUUACGUCGACAUGCUAAUCUUUUAAUCACUUUGUUCACAAUGAUGCUUUCCACCGGUAUACCUGAGCUUCAAUCCAUAGAUGAUAUUGGUUAUCUAAGGAAAACACUACAAGUGGAAAGAAGUGAAGAAGAAGCUCUGAAAUACUUUAACAAUCAAUUUUUCGAGGCUCACGGAGGUGCUUGGACCACGAAGAUCGAUUGGUUUUUCCAUAAUAUUGCCCAUUUCAAGAAUUAGUUUACACGUACUUUCAGUUAAUUGUUAUCCAUUUUUUUCUUGUUUUCUUUUUUUUUUGUUCGGUGAUCAUUUCCUUUCGCAAUGUCCUAUCCAUUCACAUAUUAAUUGUUUAACUAAUUGUUUUUCCAUAUCUACACUCACAGAAACACACUAUCAGUACACACAACCAGCAUUAACCAACUCACCUCUCACUCAAACAAAUAUAAAACAAAUUUAUAUACAUAUUUACAUAUAUUACUGACUAAUUGAUCUAUUAAUAGUAUGAACCUGGUAUUUGCUCAUCUCGAUUGUCCCUUAAUACCAGAAUUGUAUAAAUCCAAACUCAAUCCCUUUCUCCCUGAUUCCCAUAUCAUGACUAAUCCCUUUUCUCAGAUUCUGGAAGAUAUUUUCUAAAUCACGAUUAAUUGUUUAACCUUUUUUUUUUCCUCUUGUGUCCCAAAAGCAUUUUACAAACACCAAAUACUAAG